AUGAAGUCAUUUAGGCUCACGCUCGCUUUGUCGAUCGCGGUUCAGCUGUCGGUCAUCACCGUUUCCGGAGGAGCGAUUGACGUAAAGAGACUGCUCGCAGACAACGAACAGUCCCUAUUGACUCGUGCCAAAGGAUGGCACAUCGAAAGUCGUUGUGCACCACACGAAGAGGGCUGCGCGCCUCCCGCGAGCUUGGAAAAGCGGACUCUGGGCGACAAAAGAUCUGAAGAUCCGGUCUGCGCCACGCCAGGCUGCAAAUCCGACUCUCCCAAUGAUCCAAGCACUCAGACAUGA